CCAAUAACACGGCAAUCCAGCUUAGUUGACGCCAAAUACUUGGAGCGUCCAUGUCACUUGUAUCGAUACAUAAUGCCUGCCAGGUGUGCGGAGACCAGAGCUCCGGCAAGCACUACGGUGUCUCCUGCUGCGACGGCUGCUCCUGCUUCUUCAAGCGUAGCGUCAGGAAGGGCACCCACUACACCUGCAUCGCUGUGAAGGGCAACUGUGUUGUGGAUAAGGCACGCCGCAACUGGUGUCCUUUCUGUCGAUUUCAGCGCUGUCUGGUUGUGGGCAUGAAUAUAGCUGCCGUUCAGGAGGAACGUGGUCCACGUAGUCAACAGGCGCAGAGCGCCCAUGGUCGUCGGCUGUUGGCUGUGACGCCUCCGCCACCAUCGCCAGCUGGGCAGACGCUGCACUUCCAGAUACUGGCACAAAUUCUGGUAACAUGUCUUCGCCAGGCGAAGCUUAACGAGCAGUUUCGUCUGCUGGAGCGCGCCCAGCAAGAUGCCAUUUUGCAGGUGGUCUGGAGCGAGUGUUUCAUAUUGCGCGCAUCGCAUUGGUCCCUGGACAUAAGUGCCAUGAUCGAAAGCUGUGGAGAUGUGCAGCUCAAGCUGCUGCUAUCCGAGGCGCAACAGCUGCGCGCCGAUGUUAUGGAGCUGAAUUUUCUAGAAACGCUUAUUUUAUGCCGCAAAGAACUGGCUUUAAACGCUGAUUAUGCCCUGAUCUUGGAGACGCACUCUAAUGGGGCACUCUGCUCCUUGGCUCGCUACACACUCCAUCGAUCCCAUUGGUUACGCUUUGGUCAACUUUUGCUCGGAUUACGUCAGCUCUGUCUGCGACGCUACGAUUGCGCCCUGUCCUGUAUGUUUCGCAACGUAGUUAGGGAUAUUCUGAAAACACUUUAA